AUGUCGUUCGUGUGUGAUUGGGACGGAUUCCAGCAGCCGCAGGUGGUUGACGCACAAGCGCUGAAGAGGCUGAGUCCGGAACAGGAGGAGCUCAUCAAUCGACUGGUGUUCUAUCAGGAGGAGUUCGAACAGCCCACCAAGGACGACGUCGAACGCGUUCCUGAAUUCUCGGUGGAAGCGGAUGAUGAGCAGGGAAAGUUUCGACACAUAGCCGAGCUGACGAUACUCACAGUGCAGCUGAUUGUCGAGUUCUCCAAACGACUCCCGGGAUUCGACACGUUGCUCCGGGAAGACCAGAUCACUUUGCUCAAGCAAGAUUGA